AUGGGUCUAGAAUCCCCAGCUAAGCCUGGAGAUCCAAAGGUCACCAGCCAGAGGGCAGGAUGCAGAAUGCUCCUCUUCCUCCUGAUGUGCCUGCUGCAGGCCGCCAGUGCACUGAGGGGCCCACGGCUGGUGUCCGGGGAGCCUGGGGGCGCCGUGACCAUCCAGUGUUGGUACCCCCGCUUGGCCAUCAACAGCCACCAGAGGAAGUACUGGUGCCGCCUCGGGCCCCCGGCAGGGGUCUGCCGCACAGUCGUGUCCACCAACCGCUACACGCACCUGCGCUACCGUGGCCGCGUGGCCCUCGCAGACUUCCCCCGAAGAGGCUUAUUUGUGGUGAGGCUGUCCCGGCUGUCCCCGGAGGACGAGGGGCGCUACCGCUGCGGCCUCGGGAGCUCAAACAAUGCCUUGUUCUUCAGCAUGAACCUGACGGUCUCUCCAGGUCUUUCCAGAACCAUCCCCACAGCCACGCUGGCCUAUGGUGAGCUCAUCACAGAAUCCUCUGAAACAGCAUCACCCCCAGCAGCCAAAAGAUGCACACGAGCAAACACCCAGACGACAGGAAGACAGACGACAGGAUGGGAUACAGUUGCCCUGACUCCAGGAACCAGGAAAACCACGGCUUCAGCCACAGAGAGGCAAACCCCAGGAGCAACUGCGGUGGUGGCUCCAGGGACAGGCAGCCUGGUAGAGCUCUCCGUCGGGGCAACUGUUCCCACUGUGCAGAGUCCGGCUUCAACAGGCAAAGGCGUUACCGGUGCAGCAGCGCGGGUGCAGCUGCUGGUGUGGAGCACCAGCGAUUCAGAAGCAACCAGGGCCAGGGCCAGCAAAAGGGAGAGAGAAACUACUCCUGGGGCCAACAGGCCAAGCGAGGAGACAGAGAGCGUCAGCGCAACCCCGGGAACCGCUGAGACAGCUGCAGGGACCGUUAGGCCAUCGACCCUGGCCUCAGAAAGAUGGAUGUGGGAAACCCUCCAGGAGGAGACAUCGGCUUCUGAGCCACAGAGCCUGGGCUCCAUUAAAGGGACCAUCCCGGCUGCGGCUGUGUGGACCUCAGAGCCAACCCACAUAGAGAUGGCAUCUGCGGAGGGAAGCGGUGAAGUUGACCUGGACACGCCUGCCGGAGAUAGUGGUCCCCAGGUGAUGCCAAGCCAGGCCCUAGCAGCGGGGCCCCCGGGGCCCCCAGCCAAGGAGUCUUCGGUAAAGAGUGCUCCUCUGGAAGAGAAGAACUUCUCCGGGAUCCUGACCCCAGUCUCGUCAGCGCUGUGCCCGCUUCUGCUGGUGACCCUUGUUCUGUGGAAGAGGAAGCUUCAGAAGAAGGGGAGCUGUGAGUGGGGUCUAACUCACCCCAGGCCCACGGAUGGGAGGGCUCGUUCCCCUCUGACGCCCUCAGGACUGGGGUGGGUCAGGGCCAGGGCCAGGACUGCCGGAUGUGGAAAUGCUAAAUGCUAG